AUGAGCGAAUUUACCGAGGAUCAAAUUGAAGCAUUCAAGGAUGCUUUCGAGCUCUUUGACCGAACCGGACAGGGCAAGAUCGCCUGGGCUGAGUGCGCUUCUCUUGCCCGAUGCUUCGGCUACAACCCAACUAAUCAGUUUGUCCUCAACCUCCUUACUACCGGAAACCCAGAAGAAGAGCCCGAGCUUCCACCAACGAAGCAAGAAAUGGCUGAAAACUUUGUUACCCUGGACGAGUUUCUCCCUCAUUUGUGGAUUGUCUCGCAGGCCCCUGAUCCAGGAAGCUACGAAGACUUCUUCGAGGGUUUGAAGGUUUUCGACAAGCACGGUGAUGGAAAUGUCAGCUCAGCUGAACUCAGACACGUUCUCGCCAAUCUCGGUGAGAAGCUCACUCAGCAGGAGAUCGACACUCUUAUCGGUGACCAGGAAGACUCUGCUGGCAACAUCAAUUACGAUAAAUUCAUCAAGACCAUCAUGCACGACAAGGAAGGCUCUCCCGACGAUUGUUAG